CCUGUCUAUUCUUCCAUGGUGCAAUCGUAGCCGCGAAGGAAUGUAGUAGGUUUGGUCAAUGUGAGUCUUCUGUUUCUCUUUAUCGAUUUCACUUCUUCGAGUUCGAAGAUUCAACUAGAACCCAUUUCCUCGCUUUUACAGAAACAAAGAUAAGCAUCAAUGUGCCAGUGCUAAGUGGAGAUGGAGCUAGAUAAGAUCAGCAACUUACCAGGGCAUGUUAUAGAUCAAAUUUUGUCACAGUUGUCAAUUAAGGAGGCAGUAAAGACAAGUAUUUUGUCAAGCAAGUGGAGGUUCAAAUGGGCUACACUUCCACAUCUUGUGUUUGAUAAUCAGUGUUUCCCAGUUUCUUCUCAAGAUCAAACUAUUGUCAAGAAUAAACUUGUGAGCAUUGUUGAUCAUGUUCUCUUACUUCAUAAUGGACCGAUAUACAAGUUCAAGCUUUCGCAUCGAGAUCUUCUAGGAAUUACCGACAUUGAUCGGUGGAUUCUCCAUCUAUCAAGGUGCUCUAUCAAAGAGUUUGUUCUUGAAAUUUGGAAAGGGCAGCGCUACAAGAUGCCUUCUUCUUUAUUUUUAUGCCAGAAUCUGGUUCACUUAGAGUUAUUUAAUUGUUUCCUAAAACCUCCGUUGACAUUUAAAGGCUUUGGGAGCUUGAAGAGCCUUGAUCUACAGCAUGUGACCUUGGCCCAAGAUCUGUUUGAAAGUCUGAUUUCUAGCUGCCCUCUGCUUGAAAGAUUGACAUUGAUGAACUUUGAUGGUUUCGCCCAUCUCAACAUUAAUGCACCAAAUCUCCAAUAUUUUGAUAUUGGAGGUGUUUUUGAGGAUAUUAGUUUUGAACAUACCUCCCGUUUAGCUGUUGUUGCCAUUGGAUUAUACGUAAAUGUCGGCGAUGACAAAAAGCAAGUUUAUUCCAAUUCUAGCAAUUUGCUUAAAUUUUUUGUUCAUCUACCCCUUAUCCGAAGGCUGGAGGUUCAGAGUUACUUUUUGAAGUAUUUGGCUGUUGGAAUUUUGCCAGGAAGGUUGCCUAUCCCAUGUGUCAAUCUUAACUAUCUUUCCUUGCGCAUAAACUUCAACGAUUCAGAGGAGGUUUUAACAGCUCUGUCCCUGUUAAGAAGUUCACCUAAUCUACAAGAACUAGAAGUUUUGGCUCGCCCGGAGGAGCUGGCUGCUGUGGCGAAAGUCAUCAACUUUCAGGAAGAUGACCAUUCGAGUUGUACACUCAACCAACUGCAACUAGUGAAGAUCUUUGGCAUCUCUGGUACACAACGUGAAUUGAAUUUCAUCAAAUUAGUGCUAUUGGCUUCUCCUGUACUCGAAAGAAUGACCGUUAAGCCUGCUUCCAUUGAUGGAAGCUGGGAGUUGGUUAAAGAAUUGCUGCGAUUCAGGCGAGCCUCCAUGAUAGCAGAAGUCAUUUACUUGGACCCAUAACUCAUCAGUGAGUUUGGCAACUGAAAGUAGGUUUAUUUGAAAAAGGAAAAGAGAAAAAAAAAACCUGGAUUUCACGGCGGUCUGGAGAAGGUAUGGGAACCCUUAUACUGGCAUUUGUGGUGCUGUGAAAGUUGGAAGUGUUCUGGUAUGACUUUCAAUCUGUAUUUGGCAGAAAUCAUUGUAGUAUGGUAAGAAGGAAGCUCUUGCAUUUCUUUUCUGCAUCAUAGGUGCUUUAGUACAACUACUUUCGGACAAACAAGCUGUGGCCUGUUCAAACAAAAAAUAUAGUCUGAUCUCGAAGAUACCAUAAAUUUUUCUG